UUAAAGAUCAGAGCAACUAAAGGUGAGGAACAGAGAGAACACAUUUCUAAAGAGCAGGACGAGCGAAAGGAUGGAGAUCUCUGAGAAAAACACCAAAGACGAUAGUAAAGAUCCCGAGCAGAACCAGGGUCCAGAGGAAUCCGCACAGAGUGACCAGAGGCCCAAGUGGGACAAUAAAGUCCAGUAUCUGCUGACCUGCAUUGGAUUUGCCGUUGGUUUAGGAAAUGUGUGGCGCUUUCCUUACCUGUGCCAGGUGUACGGAGGGGGAGCGUUCCUGAUCCCGUACCUUAUAGCGCUGGUGUUUGAGGGUCUGCCACUCCUUCACAUGGAACUGGCCAUUGGACAGAGACUCCGCAUGGGCAGCAUUGGAGUGUGGAAAUCUAUCUCACCUUACUUAGUGGGAGUAGGUGUAGCUUCUAUGACUGUGUCGUUUUUGGUGGGGCUGUUUUACAACACCAUACUGGCCUGGGUUCUGUGGUACUUCUUCCACUCCUUCCAAAACCCACUGCCCUGGGAGCACUGCCCAGUCAACGCCAACCAGACAGGUUAUUUGGAGGAGUGUGAGAAGAGCACUGCUGUGAAUUACUUCUGGUACAGAGACACGCUUAACAUCACCCCCAACAUCGAGAUCAGUGGAGAUCCGCAGUGGUGGCUGGUGGUGUGUUUAGCCUCAGCCUGGUGUAUCGUCUACAUCUGCUUCAUCCGUGGCAUUGAGACCAUCGGAAAGGCCAUAUACGUUACGGCUACGUUUCCUUACCUGGUGUUGACGAUCUUUCUGGUGCGGGCGUUAACUCUACCGGGCGCUACCAUCGGCCUGCGCCACCUCUUUACCCCAAACUGGGAAACUCUAAAGAACCCAACAGUGUGGCUGGACGCCGCCACCCAGAUUUUUUUCUCUCUGUCUCUGGCUUUCGGAGGCCUCAUCGCGUUUUCCAGUUAUAACCCACAAAAGAACAACUGUGAGCGAGACGCUCUGAUAGUGGGAUGCAUCAACAGCGCUACUUCCAUCUAUGCCUCCAUUCCCAUUUUUGCCAUUCUGGGGUUUAAAGCUCUGUCCAAUUAUAACGACUGCUUAAACGGAAACAUCCAGCAGCUGACUAACACCUUCAACAUCCCCGAUAUGAACAUAACCCUAGAGAACUAUUACCAGCGCCUGUCAGAUCUGAACGCCUCAUAUCCAUACCAGGUGGGGCAGCUCAGCCUGAAGACUUGCAACCUCCAGGCCCUACUUGAUCAGAGUGCCUCGGGCACCGGCCUGGCCUUCAUUGUGUUCACAGAGGCGGUGAUAAAGAUGCCUGGGUCGCAGGUGUGGGCCGUCCUCUUCUUCAUCAUGCUCUUCAGCCUGGGCCUCUCCUCAAUGUUUGGGAACAUGGAGGGGGUCCUGACCCCACUGCUGGACCUGCACCUCAUACCCACAUGGAUCCCUAAAGAGAUCUUCACAGGUCUGAUGUGUCUGGUCUCCUUCACCGCGGGGCUAGUCUUCACUCUGGGCUCGGGGAACUACUGGCUGGGAAUAUUUAAUAACUAUGUGGGCUCACUGCCCCUGCUGGUCAUCGCUUUCUUCGAGAUCACAGCUGUCAUCUACAUCUAUGGAGCCAAGAGGUUCAGUGAUGAUGUGGAGUGGAUGACAGGACACAGGCCUAACCUGUACUGGCAGGCCACAUGGCGGGUGAUCAGUCCACUAAUGCUCCUGGUGGUCUUCCUGGCCUACGUGGUGGUACAAGCCCGAAAGAAUCCCACCUACGAAGCGUGGAACCCAAACUAUGUGGGGUUUCCUGCUCCAGAGGUUUUAACUUAUCCAGGCUGGGUCUACUCCAUCUGCAUCCUCCUGGCUGCUGUGCCCUGCUUACUCAUACCACUGGGGAUGCUAUACCAGUUGGUGCAGUUCUUACGGAAAUGUAUAGUGGACAGACGUGCGAAGAACCCGUAUGAUAAUGAAGGAUACAUGGUGGACACAUAGAGAUAUAUCAGGAUAUACUGUACAACCACUGACAAAAACCCUGGGGGUUCUAGGAAUGAGCAUGGAACCCCUAAAUCAACCACUGACCUCCUGUAAAAAUACAAUACCUCUUCCUAAAGAAAUGCUGACUUCUGUUUAAAUUAUUUUGGCUUAAAAUAGAACCAUAUUAGAAAAGAGAUGUGUGUAUGAAGAAUCUUUAAAGGUUUAAAGAAGAUGACGCCAAUGUUCCUUAGCAAUGUAAAGGUUCUUGUCACUAUUAGGGACAGUAUGGAAAAUGCCAAAAUAAAAUGCAUUUCUCAUGGUUUUAA